UUCGAGAAAUCUAUCUACCCAAAACCCAUCUACUGUAAUUUAAGAAGAAAAUCUCUCAAUCAAACCCUGGUGCUAGAGAGACUCGUCUCUCACUCGAUCUCAACAAAACAAGCAUACAGAAACAGAGAGAAAGCAAGAAAGCAAGCAGCAGCAGUGUCUGUCUAUCUCAGUCGAGAUUGGAGAAAUAGAAGAUGGAUGCGAUUAGGAAGCAGCUGGAUGUGCUCAUGGGAGCGAAUCGAAACGGUGACGUAAGAGAGGUCAAUCGCAAGUACUACGAUCGUGAUGUUUGUCGCUUGUACUUGGUUGGCCUUUGCCCUCACGAGCUCUUCCAACUAACGAAAAUGGAUAUGGGACCAUGCCCGAAAGUCCAUUCCUUGCAGCUGAGAAAAGAUUAUGAAGAAGCGAGGGCGAAAGGUGUUGAUAGCUAUGAUGCGGAGUUAGAGAAUGUUAUUGAUAAGCUUAUUGUCGAAUGCGAUAAGAAAAUCAGUAGAGCACUUAAGCGUCUUGAAGAUGAGGACGCCAAGGCAGCUAUUGCUAUUUCAGUUACUGAGGUUACCCAGACUCCUGAGGUUAUUGAGCUGUCGAAGCAGAUUAAGGAGAAGCUGAAAGAAGCUGACAAAUAUGAUCUUGAAGGCACAACAGAUUUUAAGAUUCAAGCUUUGGAAGAAGUGGAAAAACUCAGAAGUGAAAGAGCAGAGAAGCAGUCUGCGCUACUUUUGGAGGCCUUCAAUAAAGACAGGGCUUCUUUACCUCAACCUAUGCCAAAUCCCCCACCAGCAGCACCCAUGCUGCUACCUACUCCUGAUCCUCGCACCCAGGAGAUGAUAAAUGAGAAGCUGAAGAAAGCGGAGGAUCUUGGUGAGCAAGGGAUGGUAGAUGAGGCUCAAAAGGCAUUGGAAGAGGCUGAAGCACUUAAAAAGCUUCCUGCCAGGCAGGAGCCUACUGUGGAUUCCUCCAAGUAUUCUGCUGCCGAUGUGCGCAUUACUGAUCAGAAGCUACGUGUUUGUGACAUUUGUGGAGCUUUUCUGAGCGUGUAUGAUAGUGACCGAAGACUUGCAGAUCACUUUGGAGGGAAGCUUCAUUUAGGCUAUAUGCAAAUUCGUGAGAAACUCACAGAGCUUCAGGAAAAGAAGCACCGCAAGGGUGACUGGUUUGAUGAUCGAAGAUCAAAAGAACGGAGUAGAGACCGUGACAGAGAAUCAAGCAGGGAUCAAGAUCGGGGAGAUAGCCGUGACCGGGGGAGGGAUUAUGAUCGAAGGAGCAGAGAUUAUGACAGGUAUAAUGACCGGGAUCGUGGAUAUGAUCGUGAACGUGAGCGCUCCCACAGUUAUGAUUCAAGAAGUCUUCACAGAUCACGUUCUCGAUCUAGGGAACAUACUAGGGAUUAUGAUCGCCAUAGGCACUAUGACCGAUAUUAGGAUCUUGUUGCUGAGCAGUUGGGUAUGGAAAUUUGUGUUUGUUUCCUAGGUCAGUAAACUUGUGGUUUUGAAUCUCAAGUAUGAGUUUCUGUCUUUCUGAUACUUUCAGUGGAGUUUGACAGUUUUCUGCUAAUGUCGUAGGCACCGGAGUUGAAUUGUUUUCUAAGUUAUUUAUGUUUAUAGUCAUGCCUGUGCAACAUGAAUUUCAGAGCUGCGCGCCUUUUUUAUUCUUCCCAUAUUAUUAUCCCUGCCUCCCCACGAGCUCACACAAGUGUCAUGCGUGGCUCAGCCAUUGCUAGGGUUUUAUCUACAGAAAUUUCCCUGCCCUUAAUUUAGUUUAGAUUCAGCUCUAAUGGCUUUAUGCUACCAGUUGUGUUGAGGAUGCUGCUUUGACAAAUUGUAAUUCCUUUUCCUUGACAACAAAUUCACAGAAGCUUUAUUUUUGCGUUUGGGAAAGUUGGAUUGGGUUGCCCAGCAUGAA